AUCUGCACUGCCUUCAGUCCCGUUUUAGUAAUGGAUAAUUUCGGUUACCGCGAAAUGGGUUGGCCGACGCCCCUCCAAACGCCUACUAGACCUCGUCCUACGAGAAGUUUUAGUACCAGAGCCAGGGAACCAGAAGAAUUUCCCUUAAAUACAACAUACAAACAUGUGCGUAACAUUGACUUAAUUGAAAGUUCUCGAGAACCAGGAAAAGCCAAAGACUAUAUUUUCGUGGGCCCAUCCCCACCGGCUGAAGACGCUCCUAAUUUAUAUCACAGCUUCGAUGUCUUAGCACCAGAUCCUGAGGCAAGAUUGACCGAAGAAUCAGUGAGGAAGUGUUUGUGUGAACGUGCGCUUACUUUAGGCGCUGGCAGAUUUUUUGAUGACGUUGAAUGUGGAUUGAUAGUAUCCGAAAAUAUCAUCGAACAUAUAAGCUCGGCGCCAGAAGUAGUUGUGAACCUGACACUUUUGUGGUCUGCAUUUUUGGCUCGUGAUGAAUUACUUCCAUACAUUUUGGAAGCUGGUGCCGAUAUACAUUAUUCAGAACCUGCUGGCUUGACAGCAUUGCAUUUAGCAGCCUUUAGUGGUGCCUCCAGAGCAGCUGCGUUUUUGAUAUCCCGGGGAGCAGAUGUGGAUUUUGCACCUAAAUAUUUUACUCCCCUUCAUUGUAGUGCUUUUGGGAAUUCCUUAGAGGUCGCGGAAAUACUAAUAGCGAAUGAUGCUUCUUUACAUACUGUGGUUCAAAGAGCCGGAUGUGAAGAUAAUCUCGUUCACUGUGCUGUGAGAGCUGAUGCUGUGGAAUGCAUGGAAUUGUUUAUAGAAAGAGGUGUUGAUCCAGGCUAUGUAACAUCUGGUGGAUUGAAUGCUUUGCAUCUUGCUGCAGAACUAGGCGCACAACGCUGUUUAUCAUAUUUAUUAAAACAAACUAAGAUAAGUGUAAAUGGUGCUACAAAACAGAGAGAUAAAGAGAGUACGGCUUUACAUUUGGCAGCUGCAAGAGGAUAUGCAGAAUGUGUCGAACUUUUGAUAGCGCAGGGAGCAAAGACAAAUACAAAAAACCACAGAGGAUUUACUCCUCUUCACCUUGCAGCCAGAUGUGCAAGUGUAGAAUGUGUUGAAAUAAUUUUAAGGGAUGGCAAUGCAGACGCCAAUGUUGAAGAUUUGGAUAAAAGAACGCCACUGCAUGCUGCUAUUAAUAGAUCAGAACGUGCUUGUGAUAUUAUUGAUAUGCUGGUCAGUUGGGGAGCUCAGGUGAACAAAAAAGACGCUUAUGGAUAUUCGCCUUUACACAUUGCUGCGAUGGAUGGUCUAACCCAGUGUGUUGAGACUCUUAUUUUUCUGGGUGCUGAUGUAACAUCAAAAUCAAAGAAAGGACAUACAGCUCUCAGCGUUAUUAAUAGAAAAACACCUAAAUCGUUAGCUAUUUUACGCCAUAAUUUGGAUAGUGGAAUAAGUCUCAGUCGCUCCACCGAAGGAAACGAAGAAGUUCAAAUUGAAUUUGACUUUGGAAAGUUGCUAAAGUUUUCAUAUCCUCGCGAAAUAACAUACCUCAACAGUUUGAUUGACGAAGGUCAGAAAGACAUACUGUUACAUCCAUUGUGUUCUGCGUUCUUGUUCAUGAAGUGGCGUAAGAUAAGAAAAUUUUAUUUGGCACGAUUAGUUUUUUGUUUUCUGUUUGUAUCAUUUUUGUCAAUUUACGUACUAACUGCUGUAGCGAAAACUUGUACUGGGAAGUAUUCCAAGAAGUACGGAGUUCCUAAUGAACUUUGUCAGAAACAGUCACUCUUAGGUCUGUUGUUAAAGAAGAAUCCAAUAGAAUUUGAAAGAUGGGUGCUGAUAGGUAUAACUGCAUUUGAAAUAGUGCGAAAACUUACUGGCAUUACUGGCUAUUCCAGUAUUACUCAAUAUUUUACGACUUUCGAAAAUUUGAUGGAAUGGUUUGUACUACUUUCUGUAUUCUCACUUUAUAAUAUUGAAAAAGAUUACAGUUGGCAGAAUCAUAUUGGAGGUUAUGCGGUUUUAGGAGCUUGGACUAACUUGAUGCUUAUGAUGGGUCAACUACCAAUGUUUGGCGAUUAUGUAGCAAUGUAUCAAAAGGUCUUAACAGAAUUUUUAAAAUUACUGUUGGCUUACAUUUGUCUCUUGUUAGGUUUCGCUAUCUGCUUUUGCGUUGUUUUUCCGAAUGAAGAGAUGUUUUCUAAUCCUUUAAUGGGUUUCAUCAGUACAUUAUCAAUGAUGGUAGGGGAAUUGAAUUUGAAUAUUCUCAUAAAUGAUCCAUUGGCUGACGAAGAUCCACCACUAGUGUUUGAAUUGUCUUCACAGAUAAUAUUUAUAUUGUUUCUUAUGUUUGUCACAAUAAUUUUGAUGAAUUUGCUGGUUGGCAUUGCCGUUCACGAUAUUCAGGGUUUGAGAAAAACUGCCGGUUUGUCUAAGCUAGUAAGACAAACCAAACUUAUCUUGUUUGUUGAAAUGGGAAUGUUUAGUGCAUUAUUGCCCAAAUGCUUACACAAAUAUGUUUACAGAACAGCCUUGGUAUCACCUGAAGCUGGGAAGGUAAUCUUAAGUGUAAAACCAUUGAACCCAAGAGAAAAAAGAUUACCUACUGAUAUAAUGAUGGCAGCUUAUGAAUUAGCACAACUAAAUAAAGUCAAAUAUGGUAGGUCAGUAAAAGAGAUGUUAUAUAAAAAUAAGUUUUCAUCAAAGCUGAAUGAAACGCAGCCAAGCGACAAUCAUAACUUCAACAUAGAAAUAAGAGGUAUGCAGGAGAAGAUCGAUCAGACCACUUUUAAUUUGAAGAAAAUAGACCAAGAGUUGAGACAUUUAAAUACGCUGUUGACUGGGCAGCAGAUUAUGCUGCAAAGUUUGGUAAAAUGUACUGAGUUAGUGCCUUAUAGCAGAGGUCAAUAUGUUACUUCGCCAACGUCUCAUAGUGAAAUCUCUCCAUUUUUCUAUCAAAGCAACAGUGACGUGAAGUAGAAUUUUAAUUCAGAUUAGGAAUCAGGGUAUAUAUUUAUGCAAGAGUAUCUCAUUGCAAACUGUUGUUUGUUAUCAAUCUGGGACUCAAAUGCGAUGCAAGUAUGAAGAAUAAUAUUUGUAUGAUCUGUUAGUCAUUUUACAUUUCCAAGUAAUGCUAAGUUAAUUUUAAUUACAUCUUUUACUGUUAUUUUCACAAAUUUUUUUCUCUAUUUAUUACAAGUUCUGGUUAAAGUCUGUAUAGUAUGCAGUAGUUAGUCAUUUUGUUUGUCUUUUUUUAUGAUCUAUUUGAGUUCAAUUGUGUUAUGCGGUAUUUGCUUUUGUUUUAUCAAAAAAUCUUAUCAAACAGUUUCCUAUAUAAUUGUCGAGUAUUACGGUACUUGUGUAUUUAAAUGAUAAGACAUAUACUUUUAUAAGAACGCUGUGGUUCAC